AUGGCUAUUUCGAAGCUUUUGAUUGCUUCACUUCUCGUUUCUCUUCUUGUGCUCCAUCUGGUUGAAGCUGAUCAGAAGGUGAACUCAAAUCAAGCUGCAAGCUAUAUUCCUGGGAAAAGUAUUGAUUGUGGUGGCGCUUGCAAAGCUAGGUGUUCCUUAUCCUCCAGGCCAAAUCUUUGCAAGAGGGCUUGCGGGACAUGCUGCGCACGAUGCCAAUGCGUCCCCCAAGGCACUUCCGGCAACCUAGAUACCUGCCCUUGCUAUGCCACCAUGACUACUCAUGGUGGCAGACGCAAGUGUCCUUGA